UGAACAUUAAUUAGGUACCUUGACUUUACACACUCUGUUGAUUAAUCGCCUUCUCAAUUUUUUUCCAGAAAGUAUGUAAAGCAGCCCAUUUCCGGGAGUCUGGAACCAUAGUCUAAAGCUUUAGCCCUCGAGUGUGAAGUGUUCCUAAUGGGAAUUAAAAUCCUUAUUCAUGAAGAUGUUAUUCUGUGGUCUUAUCUGUUUUCUGACAUCCUUGCGUGUACCCAUGUUCAAGAUGGUGCUGCAGAGAUAGGAGCACACGGAGAAAUGAUCUGGAUAACAUGAAAGUGAUGCUGCUGGCCAAGGAACAACGGCUGGAUUCUGAAGGAAGGGCUGCCACUGGUCCCACUUUUGUCUAGAUUUGAGUAUGAGCACAGAGGAAGAGGAUUCUGACACAGUGACAGUUGAGACUGUGAACUCUGUGACUCUGACGCAGGACACCGACGGGAACCUCGUCCUCCACUGCCCACGGCAUGAAGCUGAUGAGAUAGACUCAGAGGACAGUACUGACCCUCCGCACAAGAGGCUGUGUUUGUCCUCGGAGGAUGACCAGAGCAUUGACGAUUCUACUCCCUGCAUAUCAGUCGUUGCACUCCCACUUUCAGAAAAUGAUCAGAGCUUUGAGGUGACCAUGACCGCAACCACGGAAGUGGCAGAUGAUGAGAUUUCUGAGGGAACUGUGACACAGAUCCAGAUUUUACAGAAUGAACAACUAGAUGAAAUCUCUCCCUUGGGUAAUGAGGAAGUUUCAGCAGUUAGUCAAGCAUGGUUUACAACUAAAGAAGAUAAGGAUUCUCUAACUAACAAAGGACAUAAAUGGAAGCAGGGGAUGUGGUCUAAGGAAGAAAUUGAUAUUUUGAUGAACAAUAUUGAACGCUAUCUAAAGGCACGCGGAAUAAAAGAUGCUACCGAAAUCAUCUUUGAGAUGUCAAAAGACGAAAGAAAAGAUUUCUACAGGACUAUAGCAUGGGGUUUGAACCGGCCUUUGUUUGCAGUUUAUAGAAGAGUGCUUCGCAUGUAUGAUGACAGAAACCAUGUGGGAAAAUAUACACCUGAAGAAAUUGAGAAGCUGAAGGAGCUCCGGAUAAAGCACGGCAAUGACUGGGCAACAAUAGGGGCGGCUCUCGGAAGAAGUGCGUCUUCCGUCAAAGACCGGUGCCGGCUGAUGAAGGACACUUGCAACACAGGGAAGUGGACGGAAGAAGAGGAAAAGAGACUUGCAGAGGUGGUUCACGAGCUGACAAGCACUGAGCCUGGUGACACUGUCACGCAGGGUGUGUCCUGGGCUGCGGUGGCAGAGCGUGUGGGUACCCGCUCGGAGAAGCAGUGCCGCUCCAAGUGGCUCAACUACCUGAACUGGAAGCAGAGUGGGGGUACUGAGUGGACCAAGGAAGACGAGAUCAAUCUCAUCCUCAGGGUGGCAGAGCUUGAUGUAGCGGAUGAAAAUGACAUAAACUGGGAUCUGUUAGCUGAGGGAUGGAGCAGCGUCCGUUCACCACAGUGGCUUCGAAGUAAAUGGUGGACCAUCAAAAGGCAGAUUGCAAACCAUAAGGAUGUUUCAUUCCCUGUCUUAAUAAAAGGUCUGAAACAGUUACAUGAGAACCAAAAAAACAACCCAGCGCUGCUGGAGAAUAAGGCAGGACCUGGAGUUGCCAACAGUAAUUCCAGCUCCGGUGUUCAGCACGUUCAGAUCCGAGUGGCCCGCUUGGAAGAGAGCACAGCCGUCCCCCCAAGCCCCAUGGCCGCGUUGCAGAUCCCAGUCCAGAUCACCCACGUCUCUUCAGCAGAUGCCCCUGCUGCUCCUGUUGAUUCGGAAACACUAACACUAAACAGUGGAACACUACAGACAUUUGAGAUUCUUCCAUCUUUCCAUCUGCAGCCCACCGGCACACCUGGCACCUACCUGCUUCAGACAAGCUCCAGCCAAGGGCUUCCUCUGACUCUGGCCACCAGCCCCACGGUAACCCUGACAGCCGCUGCUCCUGCCUCUCCCGAACAGAUCAUUGUUCAUGCAUUAUCCCCAGAACAUCUGCUGAACACAAGUGAUAAUGUCACGGUGCAGUGCCACACACCUAGAGUCAUCAUCCAGACCGUUGCCACAGAAGACCUCACUUCCUCGAUGUCCCAGGCGGAGCUCACGGUAGACAGUGACAUGCAGUCAUCUGAUUUUCCUGAUGCACUGGAAGCAGACACUUUCCCAGAUGAGAUUCAUCAGCCUAAGAUGACUCUAGCACCAUCAUACCAUGAUACUCCUGUGUCCAGAUUCAGUGACCAGAAUAGCACAGAGCUGAUGAACAGCAUUAUGGUUAGAACGGAAGAGAUCUCUGACUCUGAUCUUAAGCAAGAAGGGUCCCCCUCUGAUCUGACCAGUGCAUAUGUGACUGAGGAUUUAGAGUCUCCUACCAUAGUAGAACAAGUUGAUCAAACAACAAUUGAUGAUGAAACAAUACUUAUCGUUCCUUCACCACAUGGCUUUAUCCAGGCAUCUGAUGUUAUAGAUACUGAAUCUGUCUUGCCUUUGACAACACUAACAGAUCCCAUACUGCAGCACCACCAGGAAGAGUCGAACAUCAUCGGAUCAUCUUUAGGCAGUCCUGUUUCUGAAGACUCAAAGGAUGUUGAGGACUUGGUGCACUGUCACUAGAUGAUGCUUAGAAAUGGGCCGUUUGGUAAAGAAGCACUCUAACUACAGUAUCUCCAAAGAAGCAGGGGCAGCCACCAGGAGACUUAUUGUACCAUUCCUCUAGCUUCUGAGUAGCUGCCAUGCCUAGCUGUGCACGUUGUUGCUGCUACGACUUUUACCUCUUUUGCGUGUCCAUCUGAGGUCGUUUACGAGACCUGUGUGGUUGAGUGGAGUGUGGAUCCCGUGUUUAGUGUCACCUGUCAGGAGGGAAUCUGAUGUCACCAAAGCUAACUGCUCAUCUCCACAGAUCAGACAUGGCACUCUCCAUCUUGGGUGCAUUUCAGGGACAUAGCAGCACAGCCUGGAGCUUAUCCAUGUCCUUCUUCAAAAAGAUUAGGUAGGAUUAGUUUGAGACUUAACCAGUAGACACUGAGACCUGGGAGGUGAUUGUGUGGCAGUUUCUUCCAGUUAACCCAUUGCUGGCAGUGGGAGCUAACGAGGCAGGGCGAAGAGGAAAGCAUUAAAAGUCCUGGAAACUCACUACAGGUCUUCAUGACUUCUGAGGGAAAAUGGGUAAGGGUAGUAACAAAACCUACCAGCAGCUAAGCAGUCUUCACCCCUUACAUAAACCACUGUCUGGUUUACAGACCUAGCACUUUGAAGAAAAAUGAAACUGUGCUUGUUUCAGCAGCACAUACACUGAAGUAAAACUGAACCAAAUGGAGAAGGGGUGAUGUUGCCUGUCCCUGAUACCAUGACCCUUUAUUGACAUGGUUGCCGUAUAAAUGAUCUAGAAGAUAGCUGAAGUGGGGUUGAGAGUUUCCUGUUCAUUCAGUGCAUUAGCUGGUUGGGGUACAA